AUGACCGAAAUCAGCCCCCUCGACGCCCUCGAGGCGCUUCACAGAGAGCUCACUGCAGUCUUGGACCACCGUUUUGAGAGCCUUCACAUUCUUGAGCAGCAGCUUGAUGCUCAUGCACAAGCAUUCAGGAAGCUUCUUGAUAAACCUGCGAAAACCGAGAAGAGCCGCAGUGCACUUAAAACAGGCAAAGUCACAAUCGAGGACGAGACAUACACCCUCAAUGCUGCCUUCCAGGACAACGCCCUGCAGCUUGCUGACGAAAUCGAACUCGACGAGAUAGAGGCCGCAAAGAUACUUCUGGACUGCCACGAUGAUCCGAGGACCCUCGGCCGGACACUGUUUGAGUCUGGGCUGGUCUGGUUCCAUCAGCAGCGGAGGUACUUACUGGAUUGUAUGCGCCUCUGCAUACAGAUCGCCGACGAUGACGAACUGGACGACAAUCUGCAGACUGCGUUUAGAGCAUACGUUGAUGAGAAUAUUUACGUUGCUAGCGCACCUGGGGGCCCCAAAAUUGUUCCGAGGUGUAUGGAGGCCAUGCAGGGUAUUAAGAGUUGGCUGCAGAAACUCGCGGACAGGGUGACAGCAGCGGGCGUCAUCCACGGCGUGGAUCGACCUCCUCUCGAUGAGGUGCUCGAGUACUCCCGCCACAGUCUCCUGCAGCAACACGAGAUACUGGCAUUGAUCACCGCCAGCGCGAUCGAUAAACGGCAUGCCAAGGCUGAGGAUUUCAGAAAUCUUCUGACGAUGCUCCAGAAGUUGGACCGUUACGAUCAGUUGCUAAUUCACCUAUUCCCCAUCAUUGGAACCUACAUUACUGUGUUUGGAUCGACAGAAGGCAACAACGAUCUGGAACAGGCACGCGACUUCUACAAGCUGCUCUCCAAGGUAGAUGAUGAGACUUGGGUCAUGCCAUACCUUCAUGCCGCUGUCCGAGCAUGGUGGGUUGUGGAGUUCUCAGGCCUAUUCGUUGAUGUUGCCGAUGAGUCUGACACUUUAGCUGACGAAAAUGGUCGCCUCAAACAAUUCACCGAAGCUUUGAAGGACGGUGCUUUUGACUUCAUACUGUCCGUUGCAGCAGACGUAAAAACUCCCGUGUGGCACGACCCUACGCGGCUCGGCAUAAGACAGUGGCUUCAGAGGAAGUCACCUUCGCUGGCCGAUGCUGCCCAAUUUUCGGAGCAUUUUCAAGUUGCACUCGUGGUGCAACUAGAGAACCUCGUAGAGGGACUCAUAUCGAACAUGCCCGAUGUCCUCCGCAAGAUGCGGACCGAGGAGGACGAACAGCGUCAGCUCAAUGCAAACCACGAACAAGAUCUGGACCUCGAACGUUUCCUGUUGAUUAUCGCGUACGCAUACGAGGGCCGCCCCGAGGCGGCAGAGGCCUUUUGGGCGGAUCCUGACAGCAACCUAGCUGGCUUCUUGCAGUGGGCGUCCAGACGAGCGUCUACACCAUUGGUCAGCGCAUUCUGCGAGAUGCUGCAAUCCAUAUCCCACGACGACACGUGUGCUUCAUCCGCGCACGCGUUUCUUUUGGACGAAGGCCAGACGGCUUCCGGAAAAUUGCGAAAAUCGCACUCACUCACCUGGACGCAGAUCUUCAAGGAACUUACUUACUUCACCAAUAAGCUUCAAAAACCGGCCACAUCCCAAUCCCAAAUCUACCGAUCUGGGAAACCCACUGCUGAGCAGGCUGAAGCCGAGCCUGAGUCUGCUAUGAUGCUUGAGUGCUAUCUCAGACUCAUCAUUCGGUUAGCGUCCCAGAGUGAGACUGUCCGGGUCUAUCUUAUCAAAGGUGAAUACAACCUGGUUCACGGCCUGUACCAGUUGAUCAACAUCCCCGGACCGCAGCAUGUGCGUCUUAGGGCUUCCGCUUUUUACGCGCUGCGAGCGUUGAUGAGCCGCAAACUUCAAUCGGAAUGCAACAUCAUGUGGACACUCCUCGAUUCAUGGGCGACAGGACAGAACCCUCCACCUCAAGCUGCAACUCGUCAACCCUCAGCACAAGUCAAUCAGACUCCUGCGACCACGAUGAAGAAGCAGUUACAAGAGCUGGGCCGUGGGUUUGAAGAGCCCAACGCUGUGGUUCAAUUUCUCAACUCACUCGUGUCUCCUGUAUUGGACUCGUCACCCUUGAGUGAUGUCUUGCCUUUCCCUGAAGAGCUGGGAUCACAGACCAGGAUGCCGGGAAUUGACCCCUACGUGGACUACGUCCUUGGCAACGUCUUGGGUGAGAAUUCUGGGGAGCUGCGCGACACGGUCCAGACGCGGAUGCUGCGGCUGAGCUGUUUCGAAUUCAUCCUCCUCUGUCUGGACAACUUCAACGAGGACCUCAUCUUUCUAAGUCAUGAGACGAACAUUGCCGUGGACUCUAUCAUCUCGACGACAGACCUGGCUAGUUAUGUCAAGUUGCACCCUUUCGCGCGCGUGAUGGAAUGGAUGCUCAACCGCCGAGUGAUGGCUGCAUUGUUCAGUACCAUUAGUCCCAAAUAUGCCGAUGAGCUCACUCAGAUUGCUAGUGCAACACCAGAGUCGCCAAUAAUACUGAGUACCCUGCGAGCAGUCGAGGUGGUCACCAAGGUUCUCGAGAUGCAAAACACCUACGUCGACCUUAUACGGCCAUUGAUCAAGGAUCAGCCAAACAAAAGGGCAUUGUCUGCGCCGGCGUACCUCUCCUUUGAAGAUGGUAUCAUGAGCCACAUCACUCUAGUGGUAGACCUGGGCCGAUAUUGCGGGAUGGGUCAUCCGGCUUUGACACUCGCGUGCUUGAAAUUGUUGGAGAAGAUUUCAUCUUCUUUAAGGAUCGCUUCAGCAUGGAGUCCCGGCCACUAUGGCCAGACGCAUCGCAACAAGGCCAUAGUUGCACUGGAGCAGAUGGGUGAUGGCGAGGCAAUCUCGGCAUCAUUCAUCGCAGACCUGACGGAGCCUCUCGACAUUUCAAGAAAAGCCGAGUCGCCGAAUUACAUGAUCAAAGUGUACAUUCUGGACUUUUUGUUUGCUUGUCUUCAGGCCACUCCCGAUCAACCCACCAUAGCCCAUCAGCUUCUCGGGUUUGAGUGCGGCAUUGACUUCAUCUCAGCGAAGAAGGAUGGGUCUUUUGACUCUGGAACGUCUCUGUUCCACCAGAUGCUGCGAGUCCUUGUAGAGGUACCCUUUGGUGACGAGGAAACGGGCAUAUGGAGGUGGACGAUCGAUCUCAAGUUCAAGAUCAUGCGAAUCUUUCAAGUCCUGUGGACAUCGCCUCUGUCUUCGUCAAUUGUCUUGACAGAGCUGAGGGAGAAUGACUUCAUCUUCCACCUGCUGCUUAGGGAGAUCACUAUUCAACCCCUUCUGCCAUGGGAUGGCCAAGUCAUGACGGGUCCGGAAUUCCUAUUGUCCGAUGCCUCCAUGGCCUUCAUAUCUUUUUUGGCUCUACGCUCUCUCACUUUGGAAUAUGCAAGCAUUGAGCUUUGCAGCAUUUCCCAGCAGAGACAGCCUCACCUCAAACGGCGCCUCCUUGAUGCCUUGAACGGACAAUUGAAGGAUGACGGCGAGAUGAGGCCGGUACCUGGCGUGUUUGACCUCUUUGACUUCCUUCCGGCAGAUGAUCAAUUCUGGAACGUACCACCUCCAUCUUUCGAUUUGUAUCGAGACUUGGACUUGACACCAUAUUUGGAAGACGACGCAAGCGGCAACACACUCUACAACCUCGACAGGAUCAGGGAGGUCAUCCUUUUGAAACGAAAGGAGUUUGCCAAACUGGGCCAAUUGGCCUCUGAGCAGGAAAUCAACGCUAUGGACAAGGAAGAAGCGAUGCUCCUAGAAUACCUGGAGUUUUCCAAUCGACAGACACAGGUGGCAUCGUUCCGGUUGAGAGUCCUCAAAUCGUGGACAAAAGUUCUCCUAGUCAUGCUCGAGUCGAACGAUUUCAAGGGAAGCGAUCAAACCUCAUUUCUGCUGCAAGCACUCCAAGUGAUGCUCCCAAGCCUGGACGUCUAUGCGUCAGGCCACAAAGACGAGGCCCACGAGCUUGCGAAGCUAGGCAAGGUGCUGCUUUUCAAGGUUGAUUUCUCAACCGCGGAAGACAAUAGCAAGGUCGCCGGAGACCUAAUCAGCGAUAAGCUGUUUCAGCUCUUCCAGAUCUGUCUGUCAGCCAUCAGCAGGUGGGCUGGAAACUCGGAACUUCGUGCUCUCUACUACAAUAUCUGCUACCGCUACCUGGCCGGCAUCGCUGGACACAGCCAGGUAUUUCUGGCCAGUCGGCAACAUACCAUCAAGUCCAUUCACGUCCAUGGCGAGCGACUUCUGAAUGUGAUAUGUGAUGACGCCGAGCGCAGCGACGCGAAAGGUCAGACGGCAGCUCUCAUCUUGUUGGGAGCCUUCGUCAAGAUCGGUAUUGUGGAGAACGAUUCAUACGUGGUGGAGACUCUGAAUAGGCUCAACUUCAUCGGCGUCGUGGUCGAUUCCCUCAAGUCGGUCUGGCGCGAGUGCUUUGGGUCCAUACAAGCAGACAACUCCGAUGUGGAACUUCUUUGGGGCGCCAAGCUCGCCCUACUGCAGUCUCUCUGCCAGACCCGGGAGGGCGCCAAAUACGUCCUACAGAACAACCUCUUUCGCGCCGUCGAGGUCUCAGGUCUGUUCGCAGUUGACCUCGACACAGAUGUGGGCUCCGACCCACUUGCUCUCGAGAAACUCUACUCGCUCCUGCUCCGCAUGACGCGCAUCAUCGGCGCCGCGGUGCUUGCCCGCGGACCCCAGAGCAGCGUCACCCAGGGUCCAGCGCGUCGGUUCCUAACCGAGUGUAGAAUGCUCAUCGUACAGGUGCUGAAAAAGAGUGCGGGUAUCGGAAUGGGUCUCGGCGCUGCGGCGCCUAGCCAGCAGCUUGAGGAGAACGUAGAGGAUCUGGCUGAGGCAUUUAUGGUGUUGAUCACUGCAACGGGGUUUUUACAGUUUGAGGAGGAGAUACUGACAGGCCCCGGGGCUGCGCAACCUCUGACUGCUCAGGGGUUGUUCCAUUAG